AAUUGCUUCGAAGCGUUUUCGCUCACCAGCCAUGGCCUCCAAGGCUCUGCGUUCUUCUUCAUCCGCUGUUUCUGCUUCAGAAGGUAAGCUCUCCUCUCUCUUCACAUACCCACGCCGACAAUAUCCCAGAAGUCGAAAUCCCCCGCAAGAACCCAUCGUUAAAAUCUCGCCUCCGCCACAAAAGUCCAAUCUUUCAGACGACACCGAAGAAGACCAAACUCGACUCGCCCUUUUCCUUGAAAAGAAGUGUAAAUCAGGGGACUUCACUGUGGACGAAGCGCUCCACCAUUUCGACCGCAUGAUCUCUAUGCAACCUGCCCUUCCCACUUCGUCGUUUCGCUUGCUAUUGGGUGCACUAGCUAAGAAGAAGAGCCAUUAUUCUACUGUUAUUUCGCUCCGCGCAAAGCUGGAAUCUGCGGGGUUAUUGUCUGAUUAUAUUGUGCUCAACAUUUUGUUGAAUUGCUUCUGUAAUGCGAGGCGGGUUGCUGAUGGUUUCGCCGUUUUGGGGGUAAUUUUUCGGAGAGGCCAUUGCCCGAAUACUGUCAGUUACACUCAGUUGGUGAAGGGGUUGUGCUUAGAACAUAAAAUCAGCGAGGCAGUUGGCUUGUUUAUGAAAAUGUUUCGUUCAGGUGGCAGGCCGAAUUCUGUGACUUAUUGCACAUUGAUUAGUGGGUUAUGUAGGAGUGGUAAUACGAGCGUGGCACUCAAGUUACAUCAAGACAUGGUGAGUAGCAAUGGCAAGUAUAGUGUCUUUUGCAAGCCUAAUCUAGUUUCUUAUAGUGCCAUCAUUGAUGGACUUUGCAAAGAUGGGUCGUUAGAAGAGGCUAGAAAACUUUUCUUGGAGAUGAAACUUAGUGGUAUUUCGCCAGAUGUAGUUGUUUACAGCUCUCUGAUACAUGGUUCUUGCAGCAUCGGACUGUACAAGGAAGCCAAUGUUCUGCUUAAUGAGAUGGUAGAUAAAAAAAUCCCACCUAGCACAGUCACAUUUAAUUCAUUGAUUGAAGCUCUUUGCCAAGAGGGAAACUUGAAAGAAGCCAAAAAUGUGCUCAAAGUAAUGAUUGAAAGUGGUGUUGAGCCUGACAUGUUUACGUAUAACACAAUUAUGUGCGGCCUGUGCUUUGCUGGCAAGAUUGAUGGGGCAAGGGAACUGCUUGUUCAAAUGGUGAGUAAAGGUUGUCCAAUUGAUGCAGUCAGCUACAAUGUGCUGAUCAAUGGUUAUUUCAAUCAGGGAAGUACCGAAGAAGCCAUAAGUACGUACAAGGAGAUGAUUAAUGAAGGAGUUAAGCCAACGGUUGUCACCUUUAGUACACUAAUGAAGGGUUCCUUCCAGAAAGGUAGGGUUGGUGAUGCAAGGAAUUGGUUUAAAGAAAUGAAACGUCAUGAAGUGGAACCUAAUACAAGCACAUUCACCAUACUUAUUGAUGGACUUUGCAAAAAUAAUUGCCUCUCAGAGGCAUUAGAUUUGUUUCAUUCUCAAGAUCUCAACAUAAAGCCAAGUGUACAGACCUUCAAUUCCCUCAUUGAUGGGUUGUGUAAGGCAGGGGAUCUUGAAGCUGCAUGGGACUUAUUCCACAGGUUACAGAAGGAUGGGUUAGCACCAACUGCUGUAACAUACUCUAUCAUGAUCCAUGGACUCUGCCGACAAGGUCAACUUGAAGAGGCAAAUGAGUUAUUUAUGAAAAUGGAAGCCAAUGGUUGUCCUCCAACUGUUGUCACAUUCAACACACUGAUGCAUGGUUUUUGUCAAAAUAAUGAGAUUGUCGAGGUGAUUGAGCUGCUUAAAAAAAUGGCAGAGAGAAGUAUUUUACCAGAUGACAUUACGACAUCUAUGGUAGUUGACAUGCUAUCAAAGGAUGAAAAUUAUAAGGAGUAUCUCAAUUUACUUCCUACAUUUUCUGCUUGAAAGCUAUUGGAAGAAGACCCUUUUCAGUCAUCGGCAUGCUGUUUGCAUAAAGACUGCACUGCAACUGUCAAAAUAUAGAUCCUGAUCUUGAGCUCCUUGGAAGUUGGAACAAAUCUAUGCUUAUUUUCAACUCCCCAAAGCAUUUUGUCGCUUACUACAUGGACUUUCUGGGCCAACAAACAUUUGGAAUCUACCUUAUGGUCUUUGAGUUGUUGUAAAACGGGGGAAGACCAAGCAGCAGAUUGGGAAAGAAGUGGGCAUGUUGGGUGAGAUUUUGGGGACCAUUGCUAAACAUUUGGAGUUAGCACGCUUAAAAGUUUCAUGAAGUGGGGAUGAGUACCUGAAAAAGUGAAGGGUGUGAUGGUGGGAAUUCUCGAGGUAGUUAACACCCUGAUUAAUUAUAAUAUAGCUUUUGAUUCUUAUUCAAGUAAAGGUCUGGGUUCUUGAGUCAUACAUUUUGCCUGCUUCUUUUGCAGUCUUAUUUUGAAUAUACUGAAAUUCAGUACUCGAGGAAAUGGAUUGAGAAAUCACUCGGUACAGUGGAGGAAAUAUAAAAGUGAUUGGGAGGCAUGCAAUUAUGAUAAUAUAUCAUUUAACCUAAGUUACGGCUAGCGUGAGGAGAGACCAUGGGCAAGCCUUGUCAUCUUCAGGAACUCUGGUCAAGGCAACGCAUUAAACUUUCAAAUGCUGUCUCAAAGUAUAAUAAUUUUUCAGCCUCUUGCAUCAAAGUACUCAGCAAACUUGAACCCAAAGAGUUCAUCACAACAAAUAAUCAUACAAACUCAGAUUAGAUGAAGAGGAUGGUAGAUGCACUGCAGAUGGUAAGAGGUGGGAUCAAAGUUUCGCCCCGGUGGCUAUGGCUCCAAGUCCACCACUGGGCAGAUGACCAAGUGCUGUUGCAACCUCCGAUCUAUCACCGCCAUUGACGAUAAGCUCAAGCUUUAAACGAUUUUCGUGGUUAUACGGUCAAUUUAGGCAAACUCUUUGAUAAUGAUUAUGAUCAGAUGCAAUGUCGGGUCUCAGAUCUGAGAUGGAUCGUGUGCUGGCAAAGUUCAGCGCGAGGCUGGUGCUCCCUGGUGGAGCCUCAAAACCACUGAGAGAGCCAGUGCUUGCAUUGUCUCCGAGUGUCCCGCUUUGGAGAUCAUGGUCAGGGCAGUCAAUCUUAGCUCGUAAACUCCGCCCACUUGCAAGAUACCACUAGCAUUUUCUUUGCACAUGCGAAUUGAAAUUGUCAAAUUUGGGGACUGGGGUUUAAUGGGGAAAUAUGGGUUUUUGGAGCAAAUUAAUGGGCACGUAAGUGGCAUGAGCUGUUUGAGACAUUUUAA